CAGCACGUAUACAUCGGACAGAAAUCGUGCAGAACGGUCAUAUUUAAAUCACUGCAUAUGAGUAAAACAUUAAUUAUACAAUCGUUGAUCACCAGAGUUAUUAUGUAAUGUUGGCGUCAUUGUUUCCGAUUGUUUCAAAAUUAUAACUUAAAUACGCUUUAUUUGAAAUACCGUGUUGGUCAAAAACUGCAUUGUACACCGUAUUGUUUACAUGGAUGAGCCGGAAUGCUGCGAUCGAGAGUUGUUGCUUUUAGAUUGGCCUGAACAAACGGAAUCAGUUGUGACGAUGGAAACACCAUCUUUGGAAGAUGGAUGUACCAAUGCUGUUCCGGAAGCUGAGAAACAAUUUCAAGAUAACGAGAAAGAAGAUGCCAUAUCCACGCCUUGCUUGAAAACAGGAGAACCACUAACAGUGGAAUAUAACGAAUUGCCCUUAUCCAUUUUCGAAAACGACGACUUAAGUAUCCAUGAAUCUAUAGCGGAAUCUUUGUAUGGGGGUCGACCGUUUAAUGAGACGACCACACUUCUGGAGAAGGCGGCGUAUUUUCGCGAAAGAUAUCCUGGAAGGUUUUCUGCGCAACAGGACAAAUUGCAAAGAGAAUACAUUGCGUCACUUGGGAUAUUCGAACCUGAUCCAGUACUUGAAGAAUAUUAUGAGAUCGAGAGAGUGAAACGUAUUUUAAAACAGGAACGCUUGAAGAAUGAAAAAAGAGGGCCUCCUAAAAUGGUGUUUAUUCUGCGUUUUGACACUCCAGCUUCCACGCCGGAUUUUCAUGCACUGUGGGAUUCUGUAGAGGAAAGCGACUACGUAAGCAUCUUUGAAAAUGAAGACGAGUCUAUAUUCGACGUGUUUCGUUCCAAUAAGUGCGAAAAUUCGUCCACCAUAUUCACGGUGACUGUCAAAAAAGGUAAAAAUCUUCUAAAAAUGGUCAAUCAGAAGUCAGCAGAGGAACGACUCACAAGAGCAAAAGUGAAACUUGUUCGAUAUUGCGAAGUAGAGAAAAAAACUGAAGUCGCAAAGAGUUCAUAUCGUUACGUAAACACCAACGGUAAAUCACGGUGGGGACAUAAGUUUGUCUUCAUGGGGUUUUCAAAGGAGCAACUUUCGAAACUAAGACUGACUUUCAACGUAAAAGGAAAGAAUGACGAAAACACUGCUCAACUUUGUAAAGUGUCCGUUGCCUGCAGACCAAACGGCGACACUCCAGCUGGCUUCAAAAAUGUUUCUAAGGAAUGGGAAACAGCUUUAAAAAGUCCUGGCCAAGAUAUCGAGUUCGAGCAAAACCUGGACAAACCAGACGGAAUGCUUAACAGCAGCGGAUUUCUCAAUACUAUCACAAACCUGUUAACCUAAGGAUAACUAAUACUAUAGAAAUAUUAAUGCAUUUUGUAACGCAAUUUAUCGAACCUUCUUUUUCGUUG